UCGAUUCAGCGCGAGUUAAAGAUUCAAUACGAACUUUGAGCUGGACAUCCGGGAAUCCGGGCGGCGUUAGGACCCGGCUGUGGCGGCCGCGUGAGAUAAUUUACAAAGUUCCUGUUUCUGAUCCUCAAACAGCAGCACGAGAACCAACUGGAGAUCCGAGGAUUUAACACAGAACCCUACAUUUUACUGACCGUAGUCCGCGCGCUCAACACACACGUACCUGGCCCAGGUAAACCCUGCACACCUGAGCGCGUGAAAACUUUACUGACCUCACCCCGCGCGUUCAACACACACGUACCUGGCCCAGGUAAACCCUGCACACCUGAGAGCCUCGAGCAGCAGCAGCAGCAGAUCCGGACAGGUCUGCUCGGCUCACCUAACACUGCUGUGUGCGAGAUUGUGAGGACGAGUGUGAGGACGAGUGUGAGGACGAGUGUGAGGACGAGUGUGAGGACGAGUGUGAGGACGAGUGUGAGGGCAUGUGUGUGUGUGCGAGAGUGUGAGAACGAGUGUGAGGGAGUGUAGGAUGUGUUCGAGUGGGCAGCCGCUGUGUUCUGGGAGGCGGCGCUCUCGCUCGUCCCGGGCUGGAGGGGGCAGUGUGGGGUCACAGUAUGCUUUCUGUGCUCUGGGGGUCGGUCUGGUGGCGCUGGGGGUCGUCAUGAUCCUCUGGAGUUUGGUUCCCAAGGAAACGGCUCGAAACGGAUCAGUCACGAACUCAACCUCGACCGGCAGCGAGUCGAAGCUGAAGACGUCAUCGGUGGCAUUUGUGUUAGUGGGGGCGGGGCUGGCCAUGCUACUUCUGGCCAUCUGCCUGGGUGUGAGGAGUAAACAGAGGCGGAGCCAGAGCCAGACAGACACGCCCACCGCCACCCAGUACAGCGACCAAGCGCAGGGAGACUCCGGCCGCGAUGAGCAGCAGGCCCCUACCUACAACGUCCCCAGCUAUGAAGAGGCCGUGACCAGCGGUCAGUAUCCAGUCCGCCAGAGUAAUCUCCGCCACAGCACGUCCCAGCUGCCUUCAUAUGAGGACCUGAUUAGCGCUGUGGAGAAUGAGGGGGAGGGGCAGAACUCUGGAAGUGGCCAGAACCCACCUGCAGCCAGAUCUCAGCCUGUGAACCCGCCGGCGAGCCGCAGCAGCAGUCGUGCCAGUCGGCUCCUAAGGCCGCUCCGCGUCCGCCGGAUCAUGUCCGAGAAACUUCACCUUAAAGACAUCCGGCUGAACAUCCAGACCCCGCCCCAGGGCGGAGUCACCAUCGAGCCCCUGACUCCGCCCCCACAGUACGAGGAUAAACCACCCGAGUUCCCCUCAGGCGGCGUUUAGGAGGAACAUCAGGACGCUCGAGUUUCCGCACAGAAACAGUUUGAUUAAUUUCAUCAUUAAUUAUUGUGAAAUGUAAUGUGUUCCUCUAAAAUUCCAGAAAUUGAUUAGACAGGAUGUAUGAAGUUUUGCACUGGAGCAACGAGGUUAAAGCUAACAAGUAAACUAAUUUAAAACUUAUCUAAUAAAUACUAAUUAAAUAUUAUUCAUCACACUCGUUUUAAACGAGUAUAAAAGAGUAUAAAAUAUAUAGAAGUGCUCCUGCUGUUUCUGUGUCUGUGUCUGUGUGUGUGUGUGUGUGUGUGUGUGUGUGUGUGUGUGUGUGUGUGUGUGUGUGUGGGGUUGGGGAUUCCUGGAUGAGGAAUUAUUGAUUAAUUAGUGUAGCAUCAGCUUCCGUUACUCAUCAGCUUCUCUAUUAAACUCCAAAAAUAUCACCAGUAUAAGAACACUGUUUGGACAGUUGAAAUGAAUUUAUAACAGAUAAAUUGUAUAUUUGAUGGUUUAUAUGCAGCAGCUGUGAAAGAUCUUUAGUGAUGAACCAAGAGAACCAUGACUAGAUCUCUCCAGCACCUCACAGAUACCUCCCUAUCAUCACUGUCUGUUCCAGAGCAUCUUCACUGAUCUUCACAGGAACAACUUUACCAAACAUGCUGUCCUGACUAACAAUGACAAACACUAUUAGCCACAAUUAGCAUGCCAAUUACCUGCAAUUUAAAUUUCAUUAAUUGUUACCCGCAUUAGCAUAUCUCAGAAUUGUUUAUAAAAGGGAGAGCCUCUCAGUUUACACACACACAAUAAACGCUUUCUAUGGGAAAAGUGAAAAUUUAUAUUUGUUUUGUUAUUUUUUUAUGAGAUUUGUGUUUAGAAAAAUACUGUAAUUAAUAGCACUGAUAAUUCUGUGUGGCAGAUCUAAUGGGGGGGGGGAGUCUUUUCAUUAAAAAUAAAAAUUAAUUGUAUUUA